CCUCCUUCUGCAGAAAGGUUUCUUUCUCAGCUGCUUCCUCCCUUCCAUGGCAACCCUGCUGCUCCCUCCCCUCUGGCUGCGAUGCACGCCGUGGGGGGGGCUGAGCUGCAGACACCCACUGCCGUUCUGUGGGUGCUGGGGAGCAUCGCCCAUGUGCAGCCCCGGCCCUGCAGCCCCAUCACACAACCCCAGCCCCAUGCUGCACCUCCGUAUCCCCAUCUGCAAAGAGCAGAGCUUUGGGACCCUCGCAGCAAUGGGGCGAUGCUGUGGAGCAGGCAGUGCGUGGCUGGGGGUGGGAUGGGGGGCUGUUGGCACUUUGCUGCAGGGUUGUGCGUGGCUGCAAACCCCCCCCAGCUGCAUGGGGUGGGGGGUACAGCACAGCCAGCAGGAGACGUUUGCUCUGAUCCUGUCUUAAACCAGGAGAGAAACGCUGGUCACCCGCUGAUGUUUCCCUUUCCUUAACCUAAAGCAUGGGGGUGAUGGUUUGUUUUCUCCGGACGCGGGGCCCUGGGAUGCUGCUGAGUUGUGUUUUCAGGGCGUUGAUGUGACCGCGUGGUUUCUGCCUCCAGCAAACCGAGGCGUGGGGGGAAGGGGGGGGGCAAUGUUUUGCACUCGUGAGUCGCUUCCAGAGCUGAUGCGUGGGUUUGAGAAUGCUCCAUGUGAGAGCACCGUGUGUUGUGCCCCGUGGUGUCCCCCCCAUAGGGCCCAGCAUCCCUCUCUGACCCCAUAGGGCCCAGCAUCCCCCCUCCCUGGGACAGAAGCAGCAGUGCUGGCCCAUGGAAACCACGUGCUUUUAGCUCAAGUGUGCCUAGCCCUUAUGGAAGGGAGUGUGUGGGAGAAGGACCCCCCCGUGCUCCAGCCGCAGGGAAGGAUGAGCGACGCCGGCGCCAAGCCCAGCCCGCCGCUGGCCUCCAAAGGGGAGAAAGAUGCGGCAGAGAAGAGGGGACGGGGGCGGCCCAGGAAGAAACCGGAGGAUCCCAGCGAAGCGCCCACCCCCACGCGACCCCCCCCCCGGCCCCCGGGCAUCAACAACCAGCCCAUCGCCCAAGGCAGGGGAGGUGGGUGGAAAUCCUCAGUCGCACCAGGGAUGAAACCUCGAGGCCGACCCAAAAAACCGCAGCAGGACGAGGAGGAGGUGAACAUUUCCCAGGAGUCAUCUGAGGAGGAGCAGUGACCCCUCCUGAACCGCCACUACCUCAUCAUCACCCCCCAGGACUGAGGGAGAUGGACGGGGCACAGCCCCCCCCGGCAGCACCCGGCUUCCUCCUCCUCCUCCUCCUCCUCCUCCUCCUCCUCCUCCUGCCCCGCUCCUUCCUCACCCCCCAACAACAGCAGCACUGGAACGCAGGGCUCAGCCCCACAGCCCUAUGGGGGGGGACCCCCACCCCGCUCCCCCCAGCACAGUGGGGCAGCCCCACUCCCCCUCGCUGCAUCCCUGCAGUGCCCGGUUCGGGGUGACCCCUUUCCCCAUCGGUUCUGCUUAAUUUUUAUUUUAUUAUUUUUAUAUAUAUAUAUAUAUAUAUUAUUGUGUUUCGUUUUGGUUGGUUUUGUUUUUUUUUUUAAUCCUUUUUUGGUUGUCCUCUCAUUCACAACUACCUCUGGAUAUUUAAGUUCCACUCUUGGCUCACGGAGCACUGCUGUGCCGGUGUGGGGCAGCCGGGCAUCCUUUGCUUGGGGUCAUCAUCAUCUUUCUCUUUUUUGGGGGGGGUUGCAUCGC